GCAUAAUCGCUGCUCGUGUUACAUUCGCAGAUUCUAUCUUUGACUUUUCAAUUAUACCAUGUUAUCCUCGCUUGCUCUUUCCGCGGUGCCGCUGCUGCUGGCCGGUCUGCAGGCUGCGACUGUGGGCGCAAUCCCAACCAUCUCGGCCGUCGGAUCCAAAUUCUUCUACGAGAAUGGAACACAGUACUACUUGAAGGGUGUCGCCUAUCAGCUCACCCCCGACGACCCGCUGGUUGACACGGCCCAAUGCAAGCGCGACAUCGUUCGCAUGUCCGAACUUGGCACCAACGCCAUCCGUGUGUACCACGUGGAUCCCCAUGCUGAUCACAAAGGCUGCAUGGCGGCUUUGGCGGACGCCGGGAUCUAUCUGUUCGUCGAUCUCGACACUUUCACCACCCAGAUCGAGCAGACUGCGCCGCAAUGGAACCAGACCCAAUUCGACCGUUUCCAGGAAGUCCUCGAUGAGUUCCAGAACUACGACAACACCGCCGGUGUCUUUGUCGGCAACGAAGUGCUCACCACCACCGAGGGUUCCAUCGCUGCCCCAUACGUUCUUGCCGCUGCUAGGGACAUGAAGGCGUACCGGGACCAGAAGGGCUAUCGCAAAAUCCCCGUCGGCUACUCCGCUGCUGAUAUUGCUGACCUCCGGCCCAUGCUCCAGAACUAUCUGGCGUGCUCCAGCAACUCUUCCGAGCGCCUGGACUUUUACUCGUUGAACGCCUAUGAGUGGUGCGGCGAAUCCAGCUAUACCCAGUCCGGCUACGAUAUGCUGGAGAAGAACGCGACUGGCUAUCCUAUCCCGAUCUUCUUCUCCGAGACAGGUUGCAACACCCCGCCCCCCCGUACCUUUGAUGACCAGUCCGCCAUCUUCGGCAGUGAGAUGUCUGACACCUGGUCCGGUGCCAUCAUCUACGAGUGGAUUGAGGAGACCAACAACUACGGACUGAUCAGCUACGGUCCUUCCGUCAAGAGUGCGGCUGCCACUAACACGCUUGUCGUGGGCGGUUACACCCGUCAGGGAACCCCUACUCCCGUGUUGCCCGACUUCGACAAUCUCAAGUCCCAGUGGGCUACUCUGCACCCCACCGGUGUCGCUCUUUCUGACUACAGCAAAGCCGCCUCCAGCAUCAGCGGCAUUGCGUGCCCUGCUUCGACUUCUGGCGGUUGGGCUGUGGAUCCUUCCUCACCUCUCCCUACUCUUGGACAGACCUACAAGAAGAACGCAUCUUCCGCCACGGGAACUGCUGGCUCCGAUAGCAGCACUGGCACUGGAUCUGCCAGCGCCACGACCACUGGCAAGCACAACGCCGGAAACGCAGUGAUGGUUGCUGGUUCAGCCACCGAGCGUCUCCUCACCGGCUCAAUCCUUUUCUCCACCUUCCUGGGUGCCGUCGCCUUCUGGCUGUGA